AUGGACGUCUUCAAGCUCCUCUCGCGCUCCUCGAAAGCGCCGCACACCUCGCCUGCGCAUAAACUUCCUUCCUCCGGCGCCGUCGCAAAUCCGCAGCUUUUCGGCCACCACGAGCCCGUACAACCGCAGACUGCGAACACCAGUCGGAAGCGAAAGAGGGGACAGGAAGCCGUAGAUUCGGCUGCGGACUUGCCUGCGGAUCUCGAUUUUUUCGCCGGCGCGGGCGAGAAUGGGAAGAGCGACAAGGCAGCCAGACGGAAGGAGAAGAAGCAGAAGGCGCGGGAAGAAAAGCGCGCCGCGCAGGAGAACAGCGUAGCAGCGGUCGAAGGAGAGGUGGAGGAAGAACCCUACGACGUGGAAGAGUGCAAGAAGAUCCUGCGCUCGCAUAAACUCAAGGUUGCUGUGUUGGAAGACUUUGCUCCGCCGCCUCCAGCCGAAGAGAAGAAGAAGAAGAGCAAAAAGCGCAAGAAGGAGAAGGAAAAGAAGAAGGAAAAAGAUGUCAAGAUGCAAAUAUAUCCCCGACCGCUCACCGAGUUUUCCCAGUUGCGCACGCGAUAUGCCAUUUCGAAACGCCUGGCGGAGAAUAUACACGAGCAGGGGUAUAGGCUGCCGACGGAGGUGCAGCUUGGUGCGCUGCCUUUACUGUUGGGGAAGGAUGAUGGCGAUGUCGAUCUUUUGACGGUUGCGCCGACGGGCAGUGGGAAGACGAUUGCGUUCCUGAUUCCAAUUAUCAACUCGCUAUUGGCGCAGGGCAAGGAGGAGGGCAAGGAGGGGCCGAGGGCGAUUAUACUCGCGCCCACGAGGGAACUUGCGUCGCAGAUUGUCAACGAGGCGAGGAAGUUGGCCAAGGGCACGGCAGUCAAGGGUACGCUUAUGCGGAAGGGUAUGGAGCUUGUGGAGAGGGGUGAGGAGGUCGGAGAGACGUCUGAUGUCCUUUAA